AUGUCUCAUGCCGCAAAGUAUGAUCUAUGGAGUAGGGAAGAGUUGAUAGUAAAGUUACUCGAGUACGAAUCGAAUGCAACAAGAAAACACGAGUCGAACGAUAGUGAAAGUGUUUAUUCUUCCAUAUCAACCGAUUCCACCACAUCGUCACUAAAAAACAAAAAGACAAGACGUAACAGACAAUUCGACAUGUCUAAAUAUUCACAGAGAUAUAUUGCCUUCAAGGUAGCUUAUCUCGGAUGGAAUUAUCACGGUUUCGCAGUUCAGGCAGACGAGGAAACAUGUCCUACAGUAGAAGGACAGAUAUUCAAAGCGCUCAUGGCAGCCAAACUCAUUACUGAUCCGUCGUCCUGCAAAUUCUCCCGUUGCGGCAGGACGGAUAAAGGAGUAAGUGGGUUAGGACAGGUUAUUGCAUUGAAAGUACGAUCUAAUAUGCCUGUUGAUAAAGUUGAGGAUAGAGACAAUAAGUCUAAAGAAGAAAUGCCGUACGUCGAUAUUCUGAAUAGAUUGCUACCACCGGACAUUAGAAUACUUGCAUGGUCAUCUAUUCCCGAAUCAUUUUCAGCAAGAUUCUCGUGUUGCGGAAGACGAUAUAGAUACUUUUUUCUAAAAUCGACCUUGAACAUUGAACUGAUGCAGUCGGCAUGCAAACAAUUUAUAGGCACACAUGAUUUCAGAAACUUUUGCAAGAUAAACUCUAGCCAGGAUGUUACCAAUUAUGAACGGACAAUUCUCGAUGCAAAGAUAUUAAAAGCUAGCGAGUGUGGCAACCCUGUGCCGUAUAGUGAUAUUGACGAGUUUUACGUCUUUGAAGUUAGAGGCACGGCCUUUUUAUGGCAUCAAGUGAGGUGUAUGAUGGGCAUUCUGUUUCUCAUAGGGCAGGAAUUGGAGCUGCCCUCGAUUAUAUCAUCUCUUUUUGAUAUUUCCACUAUUCCUUCACGUCCUGCAUACGAGAUGGCAAGCGAGCUUCCUCUUGUUCUUUAUGAUUGCGAAUUCAAUGGACUUGAUUGGAAACAUUCUCCAAGUACAGUAGAUAGACUAUAUCACCACAUGUAUCAACAAUUUUAUGGAUAUUUUACCAAAUCAAUGAUUGCUUCCACUAUCUUGAAAUCACUUGGUGUUGAUACAAUACAGCAUGGCAUAAUAAAUGGAGGAGGACAGGAGUUAAGAAAGAGAAAAUAUGUGACUCUUUUAAAUAAAGACAGAUGCAGUAGUGUUGAUGAAAAGAGAAAGAAACGCAAGGAAAAGAAAGAGUAA